AUGGGGUCAGGUGCCGCCGGCCGCGCCAUGGACGGGCCGCGCCUGCUGCUGCUGCUGCUCCUGGGGGUGUCCCUUGGAGGUGCCAAGGAGGUGUGCCCCACGGGCCUGUACACCCACAGCGGAGAGUGCUGCAAAGCCUGCAACCUGGGUGAGGGUGUGGCCCAGCCUUGUGGAGCCAACCAGACUGUGUGUGAACCCUGCCUGGACAGCGUGACCUUCUCAGACGUGGUGAGCGCCACGGAGCCGUGUAAGCCGUGCACGGAGUGCGUGGGACUGCAGAGCAUGUCGGCGCCCUGCGUGGAGGCCGACGACGCCGUGUGCCGCUGCGCCUACGGCUACUACCAGGACGAGAUGACCGGCCGCUGCGAGGCGUGCCGCGUGUGUGAGGCGGGCUCGGGGCUCGUGUUCUCCUGCCAGGACAAGCAGAACACCGUGUGUGAGGAGUGCCCCGACGGCACGUACUCUGACGAGGCCAACCACGUGGACCCCUGCCUGCCCUGCACGGUGUGCGAGGACACGGAGCGCCAGCUGCGCGCGUGCACGCGCUGGGCUGACGCCGAGUGCGAGGAGAUCCCUGGACGUUGGAUUACACGGGCCACGCCCCCAGAGGGCUCUGACAGCACAGACCCCAGCACCCAGGAGCCCGAGGUACCUCCAGAGCAAGAUCUGGUGACCAGCACUGUGUCCGAUGCGGUGACCACGGUGAUGGGCAGCUCCCAGCCUGUGGUGACCCGAGGCACCGCCGACAACCUCAUCCCUGUCUACUGCUCCAUCCUGGCUGCGGUGGUUGUGGGCCUCGUGGCCUACAUCGCCUUCAAGAGGUGGAACAGCUGCAAGCAGAACAAGCAAGGAGCCAACAGCCGACCCGUGAACCAGACGCCCCCACCAGAGGGAGAGAAGCUGCACAGUGACAGCGGCAUCUCUGUGGACAGCCAGAGCCUGCAUGACCAGCAGCCCCACACGCAGACUGCUGCAGGCCAGGCCCUCAAGGGUGAUGGAGGCCUCUACAGCAGCCUGCCGCUGGCCAAGCGGGAGGAGGUGGAGAAGCUGCUCAACGGCUCUGCGGGGGACACCUGGCGGCAUCUGGCAGGCGAGUUGGGUUACCAGCCUGAGCACAUAGACUCCUUCACCCACGAGGCCUGCCCAGCCCGUGCCCUGCUGGCCAGCUGGGCCGCCCAGGACAGUGCCACGCUCGACACCCUCCUGGCAGCCCUGCGGCGCAUCCAGCGGGCCGACAUCGUGGAGAGCCUGUGCAGCGAGUCCACGGCCACGUCCCCCGUGUGA